UACCACAGGAAAUACCAUCCUUUAGAGAAAGUGCCAUUUAUAUUACAUCGUUUUCGAAAUGCCAUUUGUAUACUAAAAUGUCUUCUCUGUUAGUUGGGCCGUUAAACAUAACUGUGCGACUUUUCAACGCACAGUCAGCGCUUACUUGGAUCCUACGUGGCUUGCUGACGUGGUUUAUUUACUGGGGAAAAAAACCAAGGUAAAAGUGAAAACCGACUCGGGCUCCCCUUUACUCUUUUCAUUCUCAAUCUUUCCCCUCUUCCUCCACUGCGAAACACAGAAGAACCCUAGCUUCGCAUAGGGAAAAAAUUUCCCUAAAUCGACGAGCUGGGCGGAAUCAAUCGGCGUGCGAGUAGAGGCGAAGAAGUCGGAUCGUUGCUGGGAGUGAGAUCGGAGGAGCGGAGCUGUCGAAUCGUCGCCUCCGCCCCUGCUCUGCUCUCCCCGGCGAUUACCCAUCGUCGUCUUUAACCCCCCUCCUCCUCUGAGUCCUCUCUGCAAGUGGCGGUUGUUUGAUUGAGAAACCCGAAACCAAGAUCCCAUUUAUUCACUCCCAUUCCCCCACCCCAUCCCUUGUCCCUGUCGACCCACCAUCCUUCGGUUUCCUAUCUCUCUCUCCACCUCUCUAUGUCGGCGUCCCCGAUAAACUGUAGGUCUCUGCGUUUGGAUCGAUUUGCAGGUUGCGGAGAUUGGGGCCUUCCUAAGCUCCAGCGUCGCCGCCGUCCAAAGCUUCGCCACUUGCAGAGAGGACUCAGAGGAGGAUGGGGGUUCAAGACGACGAUUGGGUACCGGGAAUCAUUAAAAGGAGCGAGGUGUGCGCAGGGUGGUAUCCUGCGCCACGCUCUGCCGCAACUGAUCUGGGCCGAACAGAGCGACGGCGGUGCGGCGGCGGAGGAAGGGGAUGGACGAGGGACGGCGGCGGCGGAGGAAUUGGGAGAAGGGGAAGGAGGGAAAGAGGAGCGAGGCCAUUUGUAGGGUUUGGAGGAGAAGGAAGCAGCGGCCAUGCUGGUUUUGAGGGAUGGCAUGGCGGUGGCCGGAUUUAGGUUUCAAUUUUGGGGGAGGAGGAAUGCGCUGUUAAUCAGAGAAAACCAGGGACGCACAAAAAAACGAAAAAUUGGAGGGAUCGAUCGAUGUUUGUGUGAAAGAAGAAGGAGAGGUUUUUAAAAUAAUAAAUAAUUAAUAAAAAGUAUUUUUAAAA